CUUUGCCUUUCGUUCUUUCUGAACUCACUUUUUCAAUACUUUUUUUAACUAUCAAAAUGGACAUAUACUCACUCUUCAGUGUCAAGGACAAAGCGUUCGUUGUUACUGGUGGCGGCACCGGUAUUGGCCGCAUGAUGGCUGAAGGGCUAGUAUCAGCUGGUGCACGUGUCUAUAUUACCAGUCGCAACGAGCAGGUGCUCAAGGAGGCAUCGCAGUCCCUGACAGCCCAAGGUCCCGGCAAAUGCGACUACAUCGUCUGCGACAUCACGGAUCCUGAACAAGUGCAGCAACUGGCGCACAAGCUUACCGAGCUCGAGCCAAACGGACUACACGCUCUAAUCAACAACUCCGGAAAAAUGCACAAAUCGAACUAUGAGGAUCACUCUGACGACGAGUUUCUCAGUACUUUGCAACUGAAUAUGUUCACCCCCUUCCUAGUGUCCAAGACAUUCCUGCCGCUGCUGAAGCGCGUGGCAACUAAGGAGUGCCCAGCGCGUAUAAUCAACAUCGCUAGCAUUGCUGGUACUCGAGUUCCUGCAAUCACUUACCCAGCGUACAUGUCGUCCAAGGCCGGUCUGAUCCAUCUGACCAAGGACAUGGCACAAAAGUUUGCGCAGUACAACAUCACGGUCAAUUCGAUCUCACCAGGCAUGUUUGAGUCGGAAUUGCUUCGUAAUAUCAUGAAUGAGGGCACGUACACAAAUCUUCCAGACAUAAUCCCUUUACGCAGGCUCGGGGCUACUCGAGAUAUCGCCACCACUGUGAUAUUUCUGACAUCGGAUGCCGGCUCAUACAUCACUGGUGCCGACGUUGUGGUUGAUGGUGGAGCUCUCAACCGACCAUGAUGUUGAAUUUGGACCUGGUCCGCUGUAGUCCCUUAGUCCCAUCAUGUGUUUGUUAGAAGGCUGAGCCUUCAGUCUAUGUUCCUACCACCAACGCGUAGUGAGCCUCUAGCGACUCGUGCAAGCGAGUGAGCCGCCAGA